CAGUCGUCAGGUUCUCCGCUCGUUGGUUUGGUCCCGAUUAAACCCGCUCGUCGGUCGUGCAAAGCCACGCCGGAAUGUCCACGCCCGACGAGAAGCACCAUGUUCGGUAACAGGACCGCGACGGCCGCGUCCAUUCUGCAGAAGACAUACGAUGAGAGCUACCUGACGUGCUCGACUGCCGUCUACUAUGAGAGCCAGGGAAACGAAGGCGAGGCUAUGCGAUGCUGGCGACAGGCCCUCGAGCAGAUAUACGACCAUAAUGCCAACAGAGUUCUCCCCAACUUCACACCGCGUUCCGAGACCGAGAAGGCCCUGGUAGACAGCAUCCGCCAACUGGAGCUGCAGUGUAAAGAACGGAUUGAUCUCCUCGAAGCCCUCCGCCUGUCCCGCGCCGAGACUGUCCAAUACGUCGGGCCCUCAUCUCAGCACCAAGUGGACCAAGCGUAUUCUGAACCGCACGAUACUGUGAUGCCCAAACAAGAAGAACAGGGAUGGAUAGGGAACGGAACUAUUCCCGCUGUCACCUACACUGAACUGGCAAAACCAGACCUGCUCAGGCGAAAGUCUGCUCAUACAAGGGUACCUUCCUCCCAGAAGGUUGCUGCCGGGGAGAGCGGGGCGCCGACCGAUGAUGUUGCAUCAUCUUCACCAUCACGGAAACCCGUCGGUUCCGGCUCCCCACAGCUCUCCCCGGAGAAGAAGGCGUCCCGUGCAUCCAGCCCAGAGAGGCAUACAAUGCGCACCACCCUACGCUCGAGUCGACUUGGAGAGAAGCUCACCAAGACAACUCUGCGACGACCACAGCAGAAACCAGCAGACGCGCCCGGUGCCGGGAAAGCUGCCGUAUUGGCAUGGGGUUUGCUCGGCCAGCGAGAUGCAGCUGAUCAGGGCCCAGCGGAUGGUCAAGAGCUGUCACGCCCAGUCUCCAACGUGCCAGCCGCGUCCGAUUCACCGCGCAAAAGCUCGGAAUCGCUGUACAAGACAUGGGACAGCAACUCCAGGAGGCUCACCACCCCCCGAACUCGGAGCCCGGUGAAGCCAUCCGACCGGAGGGUGAGUGCUGAUCUGACGGAUUCACGGCAGGUUGAGGGUUACCCCUUCCCUCGGCCUUCGCCUGUAUCUGUGAGCGCGGCGUCUAGUGCCCUGAACUCGCUCGCGCUGAGGGAGAACCACGAGCGAAAGUCCCCAGUUCGGGAACAAACACCCCGACAGCGGACAGCCGCCCCACAAACGCCACAGACGAGGAAGCCAAGAGAGUUCUCAGAUGCAGACCCAGGCUUUUCGGACGCGUCAAGGAAUCUACCUAUAGGUAGGAAGACGUCAUCGGAUUCCGCUAUGGUUUCACGGCGAACAACCUCGAGAGUGAACUCCGCAACGAGGGUCAAGCCUGCCCGGACUCCAUCUAGUAAAAGCAUCACUACGACACCAGUGGGGAGUAGGAGAAGAGAGAACAGGGUAGGGCUGGCUUCCUCCCCACCAACUGGUGACCUUUCUUCCUCGUCGUCCGACAAUCGAGUAAAGUCUUCGAGGCACAAACGUAGCAGCGGUCAGCAAAGAGAGGCCUCCGUAAUCGCCGAUUCCCUGGCUGAGCUCUCUGAUAGCUCAACAGAAGACGAGCAAACGAAAGCCGCAAAGUCGUGGAAAAGGCGGAAGGCUGCAGUCCUCAAGCAGCUUCCACCAGGUGUCGAUCAACAUGCGGCGAAGCAGAUACUGAACGAGAUUAUCGUCCAAGGUGACGAAGUUCAUUGGACUGAUAUCGCCGGCCUAGAAAUAGCCAAAAAUGCCCUGCGAGAGACGGUCGUCUAUCCUUUUCUCCGACCGGACCUUUUCAUGGGCCUGCGCGAGCCCGCCCGGGGUAUGCUACUCUUCGGGCCGCCGGGCACAGGCAAGACAAUGUUAGCCCGCGCCGUCGCAACCGAGUCCAAGUCAACCUUCUUUUCCAUCUCAGCCAGCAGUCUUACCAGCAAGUACCUGGGAGAGUCUGAAAAGCUUGUCCGUGCCCUCUUCGCAUUGGCCAAAGUGUUUGCGCCGAGUAUCAUUUUCGUCGACGAGAUCGAUUCCCUCCUAUCUCAGCGGUCGGGAUCGGGUGAACACGAGGCCACGCGGAGAAUCAAGACCGAGUUUUUGAUCCAGUGGAGCGAUCUUCAGCGCGCGGCGGCCGGGAGAGAGGUGGGGGAAAAGGACAAGGAGCGUGGGGACGCGAAUAGGGUGCUUGUUCUUGCAGCCACGAACCUGCCGUGGGCAAUUGACGAGGCAGCGAGGAGGAGGUUCGUGAGGCGCCAGUAUAUACCGUUGCCAGAGGCCGAGACGCGAGCAGUUCAGCUCAAGACGCUACUGAAGCAGCAAAAACACACACUGAGUGAUGCCGACAUCGACACUCUUGUGGGCAUGACUGAUGGGUUCUCGGGCUCAGAUAUUACGGCACUGGCCAAGGACGCAGCGAUGGGUCCGCUGCGGUCUCUCGGGGAGGCGUUACUGCACAUGACCAUGGAUGAAAUACGGCCCAUGGAAGUAUCAGACUUCGUGUCUAGUCUGACCACUAUCAGGCCCAGCGUGAGCAAAACAGGUCUCAAGGAAUACGAGGAUUGGGCAAGGGAGUUUGGGGAAAGGGGCGGAUAGGGGCUACCAUGAAGCAUAUGCAA